UAGCGUGGGAUGACGUUCUCGACCUGAUUUCGAUCUUCCAUCGUCCCAGCUUUCCCUGAUAUUGCCCUAUGUAUUUGCCCUACAUACCUAAUCCAUGCCGUCUCGAGGCCACGAUAUAUCUACCACCGCGCCCAACUUAUUCUCCAUGGCACCUCGCUAUUUCCUCUCUAUCUCCUUUGUCUCAUAAGGACUACACACUUUUUUCUUCUUUUUUUUUUCCCUUCGGCCUUAACCCUCCCGUCUUCUAUUCGUUCUACCUACCCCGUAUUCGUUUCCGACUUCGGGGACUGCUGGCACGUCGACUACGGUAUUCUCCCUUAGCUGGUCACGCAGAACUUCUCGGCCGCAGUAUUUCUUAGUAGCCAUAUUUUAACCCACUCUCUUUCACGGGAUUCCGGAGCUCACCAUUGCCAUGACGAGUCUCCGGUCUCUGUACACCUCCGAUGGCGACGGCCCAGAGUUCGGGACCAACAUGAACGUCGACUAUGUGAUCCAUUACAGGAUCCCCAAGGACGGGGCUGAGGCCGAAGCUGGGUUUAUUCAGCUCGUCGAGGCCCUAUCCAGAGCUGGACUCGCCACCGAGGUCCGGAGCGGCGACGAUUCCUCGUUACUGGUUUUCGUCAAAGUAGCCUCUGAGAAGCUGCUCGCCAGCCACAUCUAUCGUGAGCGGGUCCAGGAUUGGCUGUACGGCGUGCGGAUUAUCGCCCCUGAUAAGACCGUGGCCGUAGAGUUCAGCUCCCGGCCGGUUAGCGAGGCUGAACGACUGCGUACCGUCUAUCUUCUCAUAACGAAGCCCAAGAACGAGGGGGGUGCGGGCAUCACUCCCAAGAUCGGCCAGUGGAAAGAUAUUGUAUCCAUCUUUCCACUUCACAAUCAUGCUUUCAACCGCCAAUGGAUCAAGCAGUGGAGCUCCAAGUAUUUGCUAAACGAUAAGGACCUCGACCAGAUUCGUGACAAAUUCGGCGAGAGCGUCGCCUUUUAUUUCGCCUUUCUGCAGUCGUACUUUGCCUUUCUCAUUUUCCCUGCCGCCUUCGGAUUCGCCGCUUGGCUUCUCCUCAGCCGCUAUUCGACGUUCUACACCCUUUUAAACUCGCUGUGGUCCGUGAUCUUCUUCGAAUGGUGGAAGAAGAAGGAGGUUGAUCUGGCAGUCCAAUGGGGUGUCCGUGGUGUGUCGCGCAUCCAACGACCCCGAACACAAUUCAGAUGGGACCGUGAGGCCGCGGAUCCCGUGACUGGCGAAACCGUGAAGGUCUACUCUCCGGUCAAGAGGUUGAAAAUUCAGCUAUUGCAGGUCCCAUUCGCCCUCGUCUGUCUAACAAUACUCGGUGCUCUCUACGUCUUCUGCUUCUCGAUCGAAAUAUUCCUCUCCGAAGUCUACGAUGGACCGUUCAAAUCAUACCUGACAUUCACACCAACAGUCAUCCUCAGCGGAGCACUGCCAGCGCUAUCUGCUAUCCUUAGCAGUUUCGCGGAGCAUCUCACAGAGAAGGAAAAUUUCGAGACAGUCGAUUCUCAUCAUGCAUCUCUUGUCCAGAAAUUAUUCGUUAUCAACUUCGUCACUUCCUAUACCCCUUUAUUCCUAACCGCAUUCGUGUAUAUGCCUUUUGGAAACCUUCUAGUUCCAUACCUGAAUAUUUUUAACAUUACUAGCGAGCAGUCUUCUGGCGAAGACUCGGUGGUUGCCGAAAGCUUCACUAUCAACCCAGAUCGUCUAAAGAAACAGGUCAUCUAUUUCACAGUCACAGCGCAGAUUGUCAACUUGGGUGUCGAGGUCGUCAUGCCGUACGUGAAACGCAAGGUAUUCAAGGAGGUCGAGAAGGCUCAGUCGAAGAAGACGGCAACUUCAGACGUCCCAGAGGAGCAUGCUUUCCUUGAACGGGUCCGGGACGAGGCAAAACUCGAUGUCUACGACGUUACUGGAGACUACAGAGAAAUGGUCAUUCAAUUCGGUUACCUGUCGCUCUUCUCGGCCAUCUGGCCGCUUACGCCGUGCUCAUUCCUGAUCAACAACUGGAUCGAGCUUCGAUCGGAUGCUAUGAAAAUCGCUGUCACCAGCCAGAGACCCAUCCCUUGGCGCGCCGACUCGAUUGGCCCUUGGCUAAACGCACUGGGAUUUCUGUCCUGGGUCGGAAGCCUGGUAAGCUCCGCUAUCGUGUACCUCUUCAGUGGUGAGGCCGAGGGACCCGGUGGCGAUCCGUCGGGCAUCGUUGGCUGGGGUCUUCUAUUGAGCAUCCUGCUUGCGGAGCACGCGUACCUGGCAGCGCAAUUUGUGGUCCGGCACGUGUUGAGCCAGAUCGACAGCCCGGGCCUGCAAAAGGAGCGGGCCGAGCGCUUCGCCAUGAGGAAGCAGACUCUGGAGGAGAGCAUAGGAGACGCAUUAACAGAGAAGCCUCUCUCCCUCCCUCUACAAACCGCGGAGAAGAUCACUCGCGAGUCCCUGGAGGAAGACGCCCGCCGGAUAUCCAUCCAUGGUGGAGGAACUCCCGAACAAAUGUUCUGGUUGAGACAGCAGGGCGUGGAUGAGACUAUCCGGAUCGGCCGGCAAUUCAUCACGGAGGCGAAGGCAGCGAAGCGCUAAGUACCAGAGCCGCUAUUAUCUACAGCAGCACUCCGGGAGCCAGUUGGAAUCAAGUGAAGUUUAUUUAGUGUUGGUAGAUAUAACCAACAGUAGUUUUCAAGCAGAUAUAUUAGUUAAUUACAUUUUUUUGCUUUGUUAUGUAACGGCCGACAUCGUCUGUAUUUCUCAAUGUCCGCAUCCAAAUGUCUAUCUGCUU